AGUAUGGGUUCUAACAUGGCCCAACUCUUCGCCGAAGCCGGAAUUGAGGUAUCUCUUUGGGAUGUCAAUGGAAAGAACGUAGACGAUGCCCUGUCCAUAAUCUGCCAAAAUGCAACAAUCAAAAACAAAAUUCACGGCUUCAAGGACCCCAAGUCCUUCGUGAAGUCUCUCGGCGACGAAGGAGGCAGACUCUUCAUAUUUAGUAUCAUGCAUGGAUCUCCCGCAGACAGUGUGCUCGACCAGAUCGGGAAUCAGAUGAUGAAGGGGGAUAUUGUUGUAGAUGGGGGGAAUGAACAUUAUCAGAAUAGUGAGAGGAGGAACAAGGAGUUGAUGGAGAGGUUUGGGGUAGCGUACAUUGGGAUGGGAGUCUCUGGGGGUUAUCAGAGCGCUAGACGAGGACCUUCGAUGUCUCCGGGUGGAGACCUAGCGGCCCUGGACAGGGUCAUGCCACUACUUCGCAAAGUGGCGGCCAAAGGCCGGAACGGAGAACCCUGCGUUCGAAAAAUGGGGCCCGGAGGAGCGGGGCACUACGUCAAGAUGGUGCACAAUGGGAUCGAGCAAGGUAUGAUGAGCGCGUUAUGCGAGGCUUGGGGGAUUCUUCGGUAUAAUUUGAAGAUGCCGUUGGAUGAUAUUGGUGCUAUCUUCAAGAAAUGGAAUAGUGAAGGCGAGCUGCGGGACAAUUUUCUCAUUGAUAUCGGUGUCGAUAUCAAUACUCGCCGUCAUCCUAAGGACAACUCGAAAUUCGUCCUUGACGAGGUAAUGGACAAAGUCGUUCAAGACGCUGACGACUCAGAAGGAACAGGCCCUUGGACCGUCAUAGAAUCCUCCAAGAAUCACGUAUCAAUACCGACGAUUAGUUCUGCUCAAUUCUUCCGUGUGGCCUCUGGCCCUCGUGGCGAACGUCUCACCAUCGCCCAAAAACUCCUCUUACCACAACCUACACCAGAUCCUUCCUUCUCAGAUACAAGCGACAAGGAUGCCUUCCUCGAGGACCUCCGCAAAGCGCUCUACGCUUCAUUCCUCGCUUCCUUCGUCCAAGGCCUCAACCUCAUUGCGAGUCAAUCCCGUGCAGCGAACUGGGGGGUCCAGUUGUCAGACUGUAUAGCCAUCUGGAGGGCAGGGUGUAUCAUUGCUUCUGAAAGCAUUGCCGACUUGUUGCAGCCUGUGGUGGAAGCGAAGGAUAAGGAACCAAGGUCCGACGCUAUCAAUCUUCUCGACAACGACACAAUCGCAGGCGAGUUCACUCGCACUUAUGGGAGUUUGAAGCGAAUCAUGAUGAAGUCGACGGAGUGGGAUGCUUAUGUACCUGCGAUGAGUGCUACGUUGGAAUGGAUCAAAUAUUGUGGCGGGGAUGUGUUGCCUACGCAAUUCAUGCAAGCUGAGUUGGAUUAUUUCGGCGCCCAUUUGUAUGACAGGUGGGGGGAAGAUGCGCCGACUGCAUCGUCCGGGAAACAUCACUUUGAGUGGAAGAUGGCAUAAGGUGAAGAACUUCUGAUGACGGUGUCUUUGACAUUUGGACUACAAUAGUAGUUUCCACAGGCUACAUUAUAGUGUACUCGG